AUGGUCGACCUCGAUGAAGCAAUCCCUGCGCUCAAUCAGCGACCGGCAGCGCUAGCCAUUAUUAUUGUUUUUCUGAUCCUCGCCUAUGUUUGUGGCACUGGGCGGCUGUACAUCCGUUUUUUCGUCGUUCGCCGCCCCGGCUGGGACGAUGCAUUGCUCAUUAUGGUCUUGACCUUUUACAUUUGCAACGCUGCGUAUUGCAUGGCGACAACCUUCAUCAAGCUGGCUCUAUUAUGUCAGUAUCUCACAAUGUUUGACCAUGGUUCACUAUCAUAUCGAAUCAGCAUGGUAAUGCUCAUCAUCACAGCGAUGUGGGGCACUGCAUACUCCGUCAUCGCUUGGUUUCCAUGCAAUCCCGUUUCGGCACAGUGGGAACUGACAAAACCGGCCACGGGCCGAUGGGGAUUCGGGUCGGACGACUUAGGUGUCUACAAAAGAACAUACAUCAGCCAUGUAGCGACUAACAUGAUUCUCGACAUGGUAGUGUGUGGGUUGCCACUACCAUUCGCGUGGGGAAACGGCAUUCGGAAAAGGUCUGUCUAUGGAGUUGUCUCACUUUUCAUUCUAGGUGAUAUUGUUGUUGCUAUUGGGGUCAGUCGUCUCGUGUCAAUCCAGAACACAGAGGCCGGAACCUACCCGCGGGUGGAUCCGUCUUGGUACGCCUGUGUCCCUGCUGUGCUAGCAACAGUUGAGGUUAACCUGGCUACGGUUUGUGCGUCCAUACCUAUCGUCUGGCCAGUUACACAACGGGCCCUCAGCCGAAUAUGGGUCACGAGAGAGGUUGAAAUUACCUCCGAACCGGGCGACUACCCUCUCACUGCCGGGGUUAAGCCUUACGACAGUUACUACAUACAAAAGACCUCAGCCUGGUCUAUCACCAGCCAGCAGCAUAACGGAAAAGGGAUGUAA